AUGGCCGAUCCGCAGUUCGCCAAGUAUCCCGACCUGUCACUCGCGCAGGAUAUCUUCAACCUCUCGAAUCCAUCGUGUGCCCCUACAGUGCGACAAACCUCUUUCAAGAGAGUCCAAGAUGCGAUCUCCGAACAUAAAAUGGCUCCUCUCUACCGACACCUCGCACAUCCUACGGAGGGAAUCUUGAAUGCCUCUGGCGAAGGUGUUCCACAGCAACCAUCGACAAAUGGAGCUGCUACCCGACCGGUCAUCACAUCGAACCUGCUUCCAGGAAGGAAAUCAUCACAAAAGAUAAACUUUGCCUGGGAUGAGAAGCUAUAUGAAACUUUAAAGGAAGACAAUAAGAAGGAGCUGGAAUCCUACCAAAAGGAAGAGGAGGAGGCUGCUGAGGCUGCAGGUGACACAGAGGUGCUGGCCGCUCAGGGCAAACGUGCCGAGUUUUGGGCCCGAGUUGGCGAUAAGGACAAAGCGAUUCAAACCUACGAAGAAGUGUUGGAAAAAACGAGCAUCUUGGGCACCAAAAUCGACUUGGUCUUGGCCAUGAUUCGCGUCGGUCUGUUCUUUGGCGAUAAGGUGUUUGUGAAAAAUACAAUAGAGCGUGCAAGCGCAUUAGUCGAAGGUGGCGGAGACUGGGACCGCAGGAAUCGCUUGAAGGCUUACAAGGGUCUCCACCUCCUCACCACCCGUUCCUAUAGCCUGGCUGCACCUCUCCUCCUUGACAGUUUAUCCACAUUUACGAGCUACGAGUUAUGCAGUUAUUCUUCCCUUGUCGUCUAUGCUGUCCUCGCGGGUUCCCUCUCCCUCAAGCGGGUUGACUUCAAGGCUAAAGUUGUUGAUGCUCCAGAGAUCAAGGCGAUCCUUGGAGAAGGUGAGGAUAUGAUAUCGGCGCUCAGUGGCGCUAUUUCUUCAGGACCCGGUGCCGGCGACGAAGAAAUGAAGGAUGCAUCUAGCGCUACUCCUGGAACUGCCUCGACUGCUAUCAACCUGACCACCUUGAGCACCGGAUCUGGAGCGCAAGCCGAAGCCGAAAAACCAAUUGACUUUUCGGGUUUGGCUAGCCUCGUGAGCAGCUUGUACAGUGGAAAUUACCGUUCAUUCUUUAUUGCCCUUGCUUCGGUCGAGGACACAUUCCUCAGUCAGGAUCGUUAUCUGUAUGAGCAUCGUGCGUGGUUUGUCCGUGAGAUGCGAUUACGGGGAUACCAGCAACUCUUGCAGAGUUACCGAGUUGUCGGGUUGACCAGCAUGGCCAAUGACUUUGGUGUGACUGUGGAUUUCUUGGACCGGGAUCUUGCCAAAUUCAUCGCGGCCGAGCGGAUAGCGUGUACCAUGGACCGCGUGAACGGAGUCAUCGAGACUAACCGACCGGAUGAUAAGAACAAGCAGUAUGCAGAUUUGGUGAAACAGGGCGAUGCGUUGAUUACCAAGCUGCAAAAGUACGGACAGGCGGUGCGACUCCGAGGAAGCGAGCGCAGUUAG